AUGGUCGUUCUCAGCCGUCGGGGCGUCGCGCUCCUUGCCAUUGCAGCCUGCGCAACUACUGCUUUGGCUGCUGAGGGGCCAUAUGAAAGUUCCCCGGAAGUGGCUGCUGAGGUUAUGGAACAGCCAAGUGUGGGAGAGUCCAUAUUCAGCAAAAGGGGUGUUAGCGGUCCCGUGAUUGCGGGAACAGCUGCAGUUGGCACAGCUCUGAUGGCUGCGAUUUUGUUGUUUGGUAUCAAGGUUUUGGGCGCCAAGCUCGUCCAGACGGAGUCUAAGAUUGCCCAUUCUAAAGUCGCCGAGGAAAUCCUGGCACUCACCGAUAAGAUGACCGUGACCACCGAAGACUUCGCCGCCUAUGUUAAAGUUAAAUUCGAGAACAAAGCAAAGGAGGCAAUUAAGACCCUUGAGGAAGCAGAGAAGGCAAUGAGACUUGACGAAAUGUCUAGCGAACUUAGACGGGUGUUGGAUACAAUUAAAGCGGGUGGCACGGGUGCGCUUGAGUUCAUCUUCGGCGAAGGAAAAGUUUCGGUAGACGUCGAGUUGAAACCUACCCCACCGCAGGAGCCACAGGAGCCGCAGCAGCCACAGCAGCCACAGUAG